AUGGUUAUCGAGACGCUUCAACAUCCGAUGGUGAAUUCUUCACUAAAAUAUGCCAGCACUACAGUUGGUCGUGAUAAAGUAUACAGAGCAGCCCAGAACUUUGCACGGUUUAUGGCUUGGUAUCUGCUUCGUCAGGGAUACGACAAAGCAACUAUCCAACGAUGGGAAGCGUUGAAAAAGAACAUGAGUUUAUCUAGGAAACUCAUGCGUCUCGGUAAACCUGUGGAGCAUCUACAAUCUGCAUCCAAGGCGUGGAAUGAGAAGGAUGAAGUUUUGAAAUUCACAUCUACCUUUAGACAGCUCAGUUAUGCAGGAUACUUGCUCCUGGACACAUUUGUUUGGCUUAAUGGAACGGGCAUAUACAAAAUUAAGCAAAUAAAAACGAUUGCGGAGAGAUCAAUGCGGUUCUGGAUGGCUGGUUUGAUCUUUUCCAUCCUCAGCAGUUUGUAUAAAUUAUACGGAAUCAGUCUACGUUAUAAGAAUCUAAGGGCUUCUUUGAAAGGGUCUGAGAAGGGAGUUGGAGACCCUGAUGAUAUUAAAUCGCGAUGCAAGGAUAUCGAAAAAGAACGUGAGCCAGUCGUUCGUCAGCUCGUCCAGGACAGUUUAGACCUUAUCCUUCCAAUGAAAUCACUCAAAUAUAUCGACCUGGAUGAUGGACUCGUAGGCCUUGCUGGAUUCAUUACGUCCAUCAUGGGAGUGCAGACCCAGUGGCGCAAAGUUAACGGAAAAUAG